GUGUGUCAGCAUCCAAACUCCAGAAUGAGAGAAUGGGGAGCAGAAGCUUUAACUUCUCUCAUUAAAGCAGGACUGACAUUCAGCCAUGAUCCUCCAUUAUCUCAAAAUCAGAGACUGCAGUUGCUUUUAUUGAAUCCACUAAAGGAACUGUCAAACAUUAGUCAUCCCGAUAUCAGGAUCAAGCAGUUGGAGUGUGUGCUGCAGAUUUUGCAAAGUCAGGGUGACAGCUUAGGACCUGGUUGGCCAUUGGUGCUUGGAGUCAUGGGGGCAAUCCGAAGUGAUCAAGGAGAGUCCUUAAUACGGACUGCAUUCCAGUGUCUUCAGUUGGUUGUGACAGACUUUCUUCCAACAAUGCCGUGUACUUGCCUACAGAUAGUUGUUGAAGUUGCAGGAAGCUUUGGACUUCACAAUCAAGAGCUAAAUAUUAGCUUAACUUCAAUUGGUUUGUUGUGGAAUAUUUCGGACUAUUUUUUCCAAAGAGGUGAAAUAAUUGAGAAGGAGCUAAACAAAGAAGAAGCAAUGUUGCAGAAACAGGCAGAAGAAAAGGGAGUGAUGCUGAAUAGACCUUUUCAUCCUGCAUCACCAUUUGACUGUCUUUGGUUAUGCCUGUAUGCCAAACUAGGGGAGCUGUGUGUGGAUCCACGACCUGCAGUUAGAAAGAGCGCUGGGCAGACAUUGUUUUCUACUAUUGGUGCUCAUGGAACUUUACUGCAACAUUCAACAUGGCACACAGUAAUAUGGAAGGUUUUAUUUCACCUAUUGGAUAGGGUUCGAGAAUCUUCUACCACUGCUGACAAAGAGAAGAUUGAAUCAGGAGGAGGCAACAUUCUCAUUCAUCACUCAAGGGACACAGCUGAGAAACAGUGGGCUGAGACAUGGGUAUUAACGCUGGCUGGAGUUGCAAGAAUUUUUAACACCAGGAGAUACUUACUGCAGCCUUUAGGAGACUUUUCCCAAGCCUGGGAUGUUCUUCUUGAUCACAUCCAAUCAGCAGCACUCAGCAAAAACAAUGAAGUUUCCUUGGCUGCUCUGAAAAGCUUCCAGGAGAUCUUACAAAUUGUUUCUCCUGUCCGAGACUCAGAGAAGCCUGAUACACCACCUGCUAUCAAUGUUUCUGUACCUGUGGUGGUAGGGACAACAACUGCCACUAGUCUUGGCAGAUCAUUCAUGAGAACUGACUCCAUAGGAGAAAGGAUAGGAAGAUACAAUGGAUCUGAACUGCCUGUAAUAACAGAUGAGAUUGAAGAUUUGAAUCUUUGGUGGGCAGCCUGGAACAGCUGGUACAGGAUUGGUUCAGAAAGUACAAGGCCUCCAGUUACUUGUGAUAAAUUGACUUUCAUUCCCAGCCAGCCUUUUCUUACAGCUUUAAUUCAAAUAUUCCCAGCUCUUUACCAGCACAUCAAAACUGGUUUCAGCAUGGGUGAUCUCCAAAAGCUGGGUGUCAUUUUGCAUGGUGCUGUUUCAGUUCCAAUCAGUUCUGAUGCUUCCCCUUUCAUCCUUCCAUCUUACACUGAAGCAGUUUUGACAAGUUUACAAGAAGCAGUGCUUACAGCUUUAGAUGUUUUACAAAAGGCUAUAUGUGUGGGCUCAGAAAGUAUGCAGAUAAUGUAUCCUGCAAUCUUCGACCAGCUGUUGGCCUUUGUAGAGUUUUCCUGCAAGCCUCCACAGUAUGGACAGCUGGAAACAAAGCACAUUGCAAAUGCAAAGUAUAAUCAGAUACAACUAUUUGCACCGGCGGAGUGGGUAGCAUUGAAUUAUGUACCAUUUGCUGAGAGAUCACUGGAAGUUGUUGUAGACUUAUACCAAAAGACAGCUUGCCAUAAAGCUGUGGUAACGGAGAAAGUUCUUCAGAACAUUAUUAAGACACUAAGAAUACCUCUUAGUCUGAAAUAUUCCUGUCCUUCUGAAAGCACAUGGAAGCUAGCUGUUUCCUCUCUGCUCAAAGUUCUCUCUAUUGGACUACCUGUUGCAAGGCAGCAUGCGUCUUCUGGAAAAUUUGACAGUAUGUGGCCAGAGCUAGCAAAUACAUUUGAAGACUUUUUAUUCUCGAAAAGUACACCUCCUGAUAAUCUCUCAAUUCAAGAAUUUCAGAAGAAUGAGAGUAUUGAUGUUGAGGUGGUGCAGCUUAUCAGCACAGAGAUAUUGCCAUAUGCUAAUUUUAUUCCUAAGGAAUUUGUUGGUCAGAUAAUGACUAUGCUCAAUAAAGGCUCGAUACAUUCUCAGUCAUCCUCCUUUACAGAAGCCGAAAUAGAUAUUCGAAUGAGAGAGGAGUUUUCCAAGGUGUGUUUUGAAACACUGCUCCAGUUUUCAUUCAGUAAUAAAGUCACAACUCCUCAGGAAGGCUACAUCUCUAGAAUGGCACUCUCUGUGCUCUUGAAAAGGUCACAGGAUGUAUUGCAUCGCUACAUAGAAGAUGAGAGAUUGAGUGGCAAAUGUCCUCUUCCACGGCAACAAGUAACAGAAAUCAUAUUUGUUUUAAAAGCUGUCAGCACUCUCAUAGAUUCACUUAAAAAAACUCAACCUGAAAAUGUUGAUGCUAAUACGUGGGCACAAGUUAUUGCCUUGUACCCGACCUUAGUAGAAUGUAUCACCUGCUCCUCCUCGGAGGUGUGCUCUGCUCUGAAGGAGGCACUCGUUCCCUUUAAGGACUUCAUGCAUCCACCAGCAUCCAAGGUACAGAACGGAGAGUCUUGACCCCAUAAAACUACUUUUUUAUUCUUGAAGGAAAAAAAAAAGGUAUCCAAAAAUGUUUGUUCCCGGGUGAAGUUUCUCUGAGGAAAUCUCUUGUGACCAGUACUUUGGCAACCAGUGCCGACUGCCUUUUAAUUGUAUUAACAAGAGCUCAGUAAUUCAUGAAUACAGGCUAUAUCUCAAAGGUUCCAGAGUGAGUAGCAGUGCAAACCUUUAAUAAAUUUAACUGAAUAGUUGGAAUCAUUUAUAACCUAAUGUACUUGCUACAGUAUCUUGAAGUGGUGAUUGAAAAGUGGGCUUAUGUACAGCUUGUUGUGUAUGUGUUAAUGAUGUAAUUAAAAAUAUUUCAAUUCAGUCAGAUUUAUUAGGCUGGUGUUUUGCACCCUUUUUUUGAAGUACGAAUUGUACUAAAAUUUUAUGCAAGAUAGUACUGUAACAUUCCAUAUAUCUGUAACCAGCCUUUGUAAACAAAGGGAACUGAUAUACUUGUGUGUAUAAUAAAUGGUACAGUUCUGUAUAAAAUAGUUGCAUUUAUUAUUUAAAUUCUUUUUAAAAGAUUGAUAAUGUUAAAUGCUCUAAAAUGUAUUUAUUAUGAAUAAGUUGUAUGCUUGCAUUUUUACUUACAGUUUGCCUUCUAAAUUGCCAGAUAUGUUCAUUCAUAUCUGAUCAUGCUGUUAGUUCUUUUGCUUAAUUGAAUGUAUCUUCUCUGUGGCCAUCGGACAUCUAAAAAGAGGGUCAUAUGACAAAGGAAGCAGUCAGUAGUCUGCUGGUCUCAAACUUCACAAUAGUUGACCUGAAGUAAGUUUGAAUAUGCAGAAAUCCACUGUAGCAUUUCAACACUGCCAUACCUCACUUCAUAAUAUAUUUGUUUCAAGACAUUUGUUCUACUCAACUCUGACUAUUUUUGGAGUUGCAGCCUUGCUUUAAAAAAAAAUCACCUUAUUUGAGGUUUGUCAACCUCUCUUGACCUUCUUGGCAAGUAUCACAGUCUUUGAAUCAUGACCCAGGAAAGGUGAUUCCAAAUUUCUGAAAUACUUGGCUGUAAUAUUUUGUUCAAUAUUUUUAAGUGCUUUGUUUUGUAAUGUCUUUUCAACCCCAAAAAAUUGUUCUAAUCUUUUAAUUAUAAACUGUGUCUGAUACAAAACCAUGAGAAGUGUAUUUUUGAAGAUAGUUACUUAUUUAAAAGUGCAGUAAAAUUUGUCAUUAAGUAAAUAUGUUUCACUUCCACGUAAUACACAGUCGAAGCAAACCACUUUUAAUAGUAUUGUUUUUAACGUUUGUGACUUAGCACUUAAACUCUAAUUUAAUUAUGAUUUUAAUAAUGUUUCAUCUGUAUUCACAUAUUUUUAACCUGUGAUGUGAAAGCACAAAGGCC